ACCAGACGUCUAUUUUGAUGACAACACAGCAGAUUGGUGCGGUUUGUCUUUUCGACUGAUUUAAAAAAAAAAUAAAAUGAAUUAAAUUGCAAAUCCUCAGUAAAAUAAUAAAAAAUUCAAUAACAAAAGCGGUACUGCCAACACCUGUGUAAAUAAACGGCUGUCCGAGCGGCACGUUAACGUAGCAGGAAACGUUGCGUGCGGCUAUUUACACAAAAAGUUGCCGCCGACGCUGCAGAGAAAUUCUUAAAGCGUUUAAAGCAGCAGCAGGUGAAGUGGGCCCAGGCUUAGCCCAACGAUAAUACCACGUAUGCAAACAAUUACAAACAAAAUUUAUCACGUUUUACACGUUUACCGCUAUAAUGAUACCGUUAACGCACAAGGAUCGCAGCAACUUUGGCUAUCGCGUCAAGGAGAAACUAAACAGCUGGAAACGCUUAAUAUUCGCUGAUCGCAAUUCGCGCAAUUUGUUUCUCUUUUUGCUGCUAAACCUUAGUUUUGCCUUCGUCGAACUCUUCUAUGGAAUCUGGACAAACAGCUUGGGGUUGAUCUCGGACUCGUUUCAUAUGUUCUUCGACUGCACGGGGCUACUGGCGGGUCUGGCUGCCUCGGUCAUAACGAAAUGGAAAGCAAAUGAUAAGUUCUCCUAUGGCUAUGUGCGUGCCGAGGUACUAGCAGGCUUUGUGAACAGCUUGUUUCUGCUUUUCAUUGCCUUCUUCAUACUUUCCGAGGGCGUGGAACGUCUGAUAGAGCCGCCUGAAGUAAAACAUGAGCGACUUUUUGUGGUAUCUGUGCUAGGUCUCCUCGUCAAUCUUGUGGGCAUCUACGCCUUUAAUCAUGGAGGACAUGGCCACUCACAUGGUGGCGGCGGACAUGGACACUCACACGGUGGGGGCUCCAGCCAUGGACACUCUCAUGGACACAGCCACGAUGAUCACAGCAAUCACAACCAUCAGGCCAUCUCGUUGGACAAUGGCCACGGACACUCACAUGAUCAUAGUAUGAGCCAUGGACAUUCGCAUGAUCUUGGUAGUGGCAGCAAUUCGCAAAUUAUGCGCGGCGUCUUUUUGCACAUAUUGGCCGACACGCUCGGCUCGGUGGGCGUCAUUAUUUCCGCAGUGCUUAUGCAAAUGUUUGGCUGGAUGAUAGCUGAUCCAAUUUGCUCCAUAUUCAUAGCGUUGCUUAUUGCACUAAGCGUGCUUAGCUUGAUUAAGGAAUCCAUACUAAUACUGAUGCAACGGCAGCCAAACGCAUUGGAUCGCUCGCUGCUGCAGUGCUACCAAAAGGUAACUGGCUUGGCUGGAGUCUAUUCGGUGCAGGAGCCGCACUUUUGGACGCUCUGCUCAGAUGUCUAUGUGGGUGCCAUCAAGCUGGAGGUAUCCAAGAAUGUGGAUCCUACGUAUGUAGUAACGCAUACGCGCAUGAUCUUUGAGGCGGUGGGUGUGAAACAGAUCUACAUACAGCUCGACUAUGUGUGAUCCGAAUGGCUCCUAUCCAUACAUAUAUCUAUAUAUAU